AGUAUCAAUAGCUGUUGCACGAAUUGUUGCUCUGUCAUCAGUUGCCCAGAUUAGCUAUGCUUCAACUAGUGAGCUUCUCAGCAGGAAGUUGAAGUUCCCCACUUUUUUGCGAACAAUACCUAGUGAUGAAUUUCAGACAAGGGGCAUUGCUGAAAUGGUGAAGAGGUAUAAUUGGAAAACAGUGGCCAUUGUAGGAAGUGAUGAUGAGUACGGGAAGUACGGCAGUGAUAACCUUGAGAACAUCUUUAGUGAAACAAAUGAUCCCUGCAUUGACUUCAUUAGCAUCCUGCCUGAUUACUUCUCCCAGAACAAUUCGGAAGCCCACAAGAGACAGGCUGAGCUGAUAAGCAAUAUCAAUAAGUCCUCUGCCGAGGCCGUCAUCCUGUUCACCAAGGAAGUCAAUGUUGCUGUCAUCAUUGAAGCAGCUAUUAAACACAACCUCAACAGAACUUGGAUUGCAAGUGAUACAUGGUCCACCUCUACAGAGCUCUCUUCACUGCCAGGCAUUGAGAUGGCUGGGGAGGUUUUCGGAUUCAUCUCAAAGAGGCACGAGCUGUCUGGUUUUAAAGACUAUGUCAUCUCCAUGUUCAACGGGACCACGAACGCCAUUCUUGAAGAUUACCUGACUCGCUAUCCACUUUGUUCUUACCAGUCUGAGGAGAACAGAGAAAGUAACUGCUCGCUAACAAACAGCCAACAGGGGUCCAAGCAAUGUCUGGACCCAAGCUGCUUAGCCACUUAUAUUGACCAGGAUUUAGUAUACAAUGUCUACCUGGCUGUUCAAGUCAUUGCUGAGGGUCUCAGGCGCUUGCUUAAGUGUGACAACCACAAGUGUGAACGUAAUACCAAAUUUACAGCCUUGGAGGUACAGUAA